GAUACUGAAAGAAGAAGUCACAAAAAAGAACACAUAUCUGAUACUCAAAUAAUGAAUGACAAACAUCUAAAAGAUCUUGAUCCUGAAAUAGAUUGUAUUAGUAAAACUGCUGAAAGCUUACCUAAUAUACUAUCUAAUGAAAAUAUGCCAAAAAGGAGUUGUGGUAUAUACAGUGAUAAAAAAGUGCUGAUGAUAGGAAAAUUUAUGAAUAAUGAUGUUGAAAGUCAUGUUGAUAUGGCUUCUGAUCUUGGAUGUUAUUCUAAAAAUAGAAUUGGAGCUGAAAACAAUGAGCAGAGGCCUGUUAAUUAA